UCCGGAACCGCCCACCUCUCCGCCCCGCCCUCGCUGAGAAGAUGGCGCUCUCCAGGGUGUCGGGAGCUCGAGCCGUGCUGUGGAGUUCGCUUGUCACCCGGAGGCUGCAGCUUGGUCCCUCCGGCAUGCCGUGGGGGGCCCCUCGGUCUUCCCAGCUCCACCUCUCUCCAAAGGCCGACGUGAAGAGCUUCAUCUCUUACGUGGUGGCCAAGACGAAAGUGCUGAAUGGAAAAUACCAUCGUUUCUUGGGUCGUCAUUUCCCGCGCUUCUAUGUCCUGUAUACCGUCUUCAUGAAAGGAUUGCAGAUGGUGUGGGCUGAUGCCAAGAAGGCCAGAAGAAUAAAGACAAACAUGUGGAAACACAAUGUAAAGUUUCAUCAACUUCCGUACCGGGAGAUGGAGCACUUGAGACAGUUUCGUCGAGACGUCACCAAGUGUCUUUUCCUAGGUAUCAUUUCCAUCCCGCCCUUUGCCAACUACCUGGUCUUCUUGCUCAUGUACCUGUUUCCUAGGCAACUACUGGUCCAGCAUUUCUGGACCCCAAAACAGCAGAUUGAUUUCUUAGAUGUAUAUCAUGCUCUGCGCAAGCAAUCCCACCCAGCGGUCAUUGGCAGUUUAGAAAAGGCCAUUCCUCAUAUUUCUGAUGGAGGACUCCGGUGGCAGCUAACAGACCUGUGCAACAAGAUCCAGCGUGGCACGCACCCGGCAGCCCAGGAGCUCCUAGCCUUGAGACAGUGUUUCUGUAGCCACCCCCUAGACAUGAACCAACUCCAGACUCCACAAAUGAAGGCCUUGAGCCGGGCCAUGCUCCUCACGUCUUACCUGCCCCCUCCUCUGUUGAGGCGCCGUCUGAAGUCACACACCACUGUCAUCCACCAGCUGGACAAGGCUUUGGCAAAGCUAGGGAUUGGCCAGCUGACUGCACAGGAAGUGAAAUCGGCUUGUUACCUUCGUGGCCUGAAUUCUACCCACGUUGCUGAAGACAGGUGUCGGAUGUGGCUGGGAGAAUGGCUACAGAUUUCCUGCCAACUGGAAGAAGCCGAGCUGUCCCUCCUGCUACACAGCGUGGUCCUGCUUUCCACCAACUACCUUGAGACGAGACACUGAGAGGACCAUGGACCGGAUGGUGUCACCCUGCAAUUGCAUAGUUAAUCGUGUGGGACCAAACAGCACUUAUCAGCAAAGGGUCUGUGUGCAAUUAGGU